AAAAAAAUAACGAAGCAUAUUUUUAAAAAAAAUUAUUUACAAGUAAUAGAUCAUAUUUCAUAGUCACAAAAUCGUCAUUUAAAAAUAAAUUCUUUACGAUUUUAUCUAUUAAUAAAAUUUGUUGAAACAUAAAAAGACACACAUUAACUUAUAAUUUCUUAAUAACUAUCCAGAAUAAUAUUAUUAACUAAAAUUCUUUUAAACCGAACACAACCCAAUAUUGGAUCACGAAAUGUGAUGCGCCAAUUUUCCAAAGCAGUGCUGAAAAAUAAAGAAUCGCAAAAAAUUCAUUUAUUCAUUCCAUAAAAUAACAGAAAUUUUCUCAAAAUUCUCAAUGAAAUGUGAUCAAUCUUUUAAAAACAAAAGAAUCGCAUAGCAUGAAAAUUCAUUUAUAAUAACUAAUUAAUAAUAAAAAAUAAUAAAAAAAAUUCCUUUAAACCAGCGAAUUCAAACUUCUCAUAAUUCCACAGAAAUAAUAAUGGAUCGCGAAAAGUGAUGCGUCAAAACAGCCUUGAAAACAGUAGAGCCGCAUAGCGCUCGAAAAUUCGGAAGGGUGGUGGUAAUAACCGAUUGCAGGUCGGGUUGCCGAAUACCGCGGGCCGUUGAACGGGUUGCAGUUGCUGCAGGGCCGGCAUCGUGGUUGGCCUCUCGGUUGCGCGCGAUUCGCGUGCCAGCUUCGCUCGAUACCCGCUGCGGCAAAACUAUCUGGUUCCGCUGGUAACAGACUGCUGUGUGGUGGGAGCAGCCUCUGUUUUAUUUCUGUCUCGGUGUCCGUCUGCACCGGGGGCCAACAGACGCAAUCGUGUGCAGUUUUCGCGUCGUUCGGCCACAGUGUCCGUGCACCAGUCCGACAUUGCGAUUAACGAUCCUUCACGAUCGUCCAUCCCGCCAUGGAGGACAGUUACACGGUGCACAGGCGACGCAAGGCGGCAGCGAGAAGGCGGGAAAAGACGCCUGAUCCGUCGUCAAGGAACCAACAGCUGGUCGAGACGUCCGACGACGAGGAGGAAGCGAGACGCGCCAGAAUGAUACAGAUGGCGGAGGAUGCCGAGCGGAUGGAAUUGGACGGGGAGACGAAGGUUAGGGACGAACUGGAACCGAGGAUAGAGGAGAAAAAAAAGAGAAGCCCGUCGAAAGUCGUGGAACGCGAUACGUUACGGAAGAUGGGCGAGAAUUCUCCUUCGAAAGAGUCGCAAACACGUGAAAGUGACGCUGUAGACGAGGCAAGUGCUCGGUCGAUAAAGAAGGAGGUGAUCAGUAAAGUUGAUAACGGAAGUCCAGUGAAAGAAGAGUCGACGGUCGUUGAGGUUAUCGUGAAGGAGAAAGGAUACAAGGAUGAUGAGUCGAAAGAAUCGGGAAUUAGCGAGGUUAUCGAAAAGGAGAAAUACAAAGAUGGUAUACCUAAAUCGAAAGAAAUUGACGGUGAUGUCGAUCAACCGGUUGAACCUAGGAAAAUGGAGAGACGAUUGAAGAAGAAAUCGAGGGAACGAUUGGAGAGGCAUCAAUCGAGCGAUUCCAGUGAUAUGGAGGAAAUAGAGAGACAUCCGAGGAGAACGAAGUCACCGGAAGUGGGAAAGGUUAAGACGAAGAGAACAGCGUCGAAGAAGAGCAGCAGCGGUGAUCUUGAUGUUGCAACGAGACACGUAAUCGAGAAGCCUCCGAGGGAGAAGAAAUCGAGCAGACAAAAGCUGGAGGAAGACGUUCAAGUGAAACCGGAGAGGAGACGAUCCAGAUUGUACAGUCAAACUGACGACACCGACGAGGAUCGUAAAAUAAAGAAAAGCGAGUCGUUCCCUCGGCAGGGUGCAGAAGUGAUCAUGAAGAGAUCCAGCUCUGAUGCGAGGAAACAGAUAAUCCCUUUGAGCAACGACAGCCUGAUACAAGACUUCGCCAAGGCUCAAGAAGAGUAUCUAAAAAGAGAACAGAGUAUCCUCGAUCCUGAUACCCCGGACGUGUUCGAAGAUGCUCAAGAAACGAUACUGAGAAGAAGGAAAUUCAGCACGCCGCUCACAGAAAGCGAGGAAAUUGCUAUCGAGAAGUCGAUCGAAAAGUUGAAAGAAUCCGAGGAGAAGAAGAGGAAGAAGUCCUGGUUCUCCUGGCUUCCUUUCUUCGGUAAGAAAAUAGAAGAAAGAGAACCAGAGAAUAAGAGGGACGAAGAAGGACCAAAGAAGAUUUCGGAUAUCGAAGAGACGUCGCAGACGAAAUUCAGGAAAUUAAUUACGGACCAACCAUCGAAAGUCACUUUGAUGGACUUUCUGAGGGCGCUGAGGGAUGUAGUUGCCGAGUUUAAAGCAUUCGUGGAGCAAAAUCCCAAGGAGACACAAAUUGUAAGGAGAUUGAGGAAUCGUUGCUUGUCAGAGCUGAUGUUGGUGAUGAUCUAUUGCGGUUUGGGCGCGUUCGUCUUCCGGUUCACCGAGGGGGCAUUCGAGACCUUCUACAAAUGCGGCGUGAAACGGGUGAAACGUGAUUUCUUGGACACUUUGUGGAACUACAGUCACAAUUUGAGGGAGGAUGACUGGAAGAGCAUGGCUCGGCGGAAGUUGAUGGAGUUCGAGGAACAAUUGCACACGGCCCACGAGGCGGGGGUUCACACGUACAGCGGGCAAAGAAGUUGGAGCUUUUUGAACGCCGUUGUUUACUGUCUGACCGUCAUAACCACCAUCGGAUACGGCCACAUUUCACCCAGUACCAACACCGGAAGAGCAAUCACAAUAGUUUACGCUAUCUUCGGGAUCCCGAUGUUUCUGAUAAUACUGGCUGAUUUUGGCAAAUUAUUCACACGUGGUAUCAAGUUCCUUUGGGCGUUCGUGAGGAGGCUUUACUACACCGGAAGUUGCCGGAAAGUUCGUCGAACUGUACCUGUCCAAGAGGUAAUGAAAGGCGUGCAAUUGGUGUACGAUCUAGCAACGUUUAAGAGGCCCUCGCAGAUCAAUCCGGAGGAUAUUGAAGAAAUGCAGAAACAGGCACAACAGUCUCAAACUGUUCUCAACUUAGACGGAAACGUGCCUGAUACACCUGAAACACCAGCAAUGUCAACGUUUGCUGUCGACGACGAGUUCAAUUUACCGAUCUCUGUUGCCAUCUUUAUCCUUGUCGUUUACAUCUUCAUCGGCGCGGCUAUAUUCUGGUGGUCGGAAGAAUGGGGCUUCUUCGAGAGCUUCUAUUUUGUCUUCAUCUCCAUGAGUACUAUAGGUUUCGGCGAUUACGUGCCACAGCAUCCCGUAUACAUGAUGGGUUCGAUAAUAUACCUGGUGUUCGGCCUGGCCCUCACAUCUAUGUGCAUCAAUGUUGUACAGGUGAUGUUAUCAGAUUCAUUCAGGCAGGCAAGUCAGAAGAUUGGCGCGACGAUUGGCUUUGAAGUCGCUGAAGAGGAUCGAUCAGUGAAUCCAGUGAUUCCUCCACCUGUUGAAAUAGCCGAUGUUCAUGUUUCUGUCAAAGAGUCCGAUAGCGGCGAGAGAAUCGCACCCAAAGCCAAACAAGAAGACAUGGAUUUAUAGAGAUUUUUUAAAAAAAAUUUUUAAAAUUGAGAAAAAUAACAAAAGAAUAUUCAAAUCAUCCAAUCGAUUGCUGCGUUCGCACAACAAGCACCAAUGACACGCGCGUAUUUCCGCUUUAAAGCCAUGUUUGUUCGCUUGCUUAAACGAACAAUGUUCAAUGACGAAUUAAAAUAAUGGAAAUAAAAUCAGUAAAGAUACACACGUAUAUAUAUAAUUCACUUUGAGAUUGGUGCUCGAUCCAAUAGCUGUUCACAUGUAUAUGAACAGUGUUAUAUAUAUAUAUAUAUAUAACGGCCAAUCGACACUUUAAGCUCUUUAUGGGACACAGGCUGUUAAAACAUGAUCUAUCAAUUACUGCACUCUAGUCAUAAAAAUACAUGUAAUUAUGAAUUUCUUUAUGUUUGGUAUCUUUGAAACAUUAGUUUAUAACUGAAAUUAUAUUAUUAAUAUAUUAGUUUCGAUCAAUUUACGAAUCGAUAAGAAAUUCGAGUUUAUUUUUCUAAUUGGAAAAUUAAAGUUAAGAUAAGUUCCGUGUCGUGCAAUCAUUGAAAGAAUUUUUUAAGAUUCUAAUGCAUGGUAAAAAUAUUAAGAGAGCAAAGAUAUUUUUUAACUUUUAAAAAGAAAAAAUCAAAAAAUCAAAAAUCGCUAUAAUUCUACGAUUCUUUUAUUAGGGCAAAUUUUAAUCAAGCUUGAAUAAAGUAUUUGAGAUUUUUAGACGUAAUAAAAAAAAACUAUAAUAAAAAAAAUUGGAAUGGGUUAUAGCUACGUAUAAUUAAAUAUUCUAAGCUAAUUUACUUGGCUUUAAAAUUUCAACUGUGAAAUUUUCAAUUAUGAUGCGAUACGGAACAUGUUUAUAUUCUUUAAAACAUUGAAUAUUAAUGUUCGGUUUUCAUUUCUGCCUAUAAUCUCAAAUUUUUGGCCUUUGAUUGAAAUUCUCGAAAAAUUUGAAAUAUCUAUAUCAUCUAUAUUAAAAUCUAUAUUAAUUAUCGUAUACAAAUUAAUGAACAAUCAACAAAAUAAAAUCAUCACAAUACAAACAUUUGCUAACUUGAUAAUAUUACAAACGUAAAUAAGGUUAUCCGAUACUUUUUAUUCCGAUAAAGAAGAAGAUAUAAUUCUAUAACUAUUCUUACUAUUUUUCACAGGCCAAAAACAAUAACAAUUAUCAUUAUUAUUAUUUAUUUUAGAUUUAUUUGUCGUAGUUUAUUGUUGACAAUAAAUACAAUCUCGUAUUUUAUAUAUUUUCUAGAUUACUAUAUUGCUGUUUUCUUUUUUGCCUCAAAUUGUUUUUAUAUUAUGUGCCAUGAAAUUUCCAACAGAUAAUAUAAUCGUUAAUCUUUCAAUCUUUUAAUUCUGUUCGAAUGUUCCGUUUUUAAAAAAUUGUAUAGAUAAUCGUAUUAUGUUAAAACGAUCUUCCAGUUAUAUUCGUAAAACACUAUGGUUAGAAUAUGAAGAUAUCUAUUUUUAUUCAACAAUGUUAAAUUAUAAACAAUAUUUUUUAAUUUAUAACAUAUUCGAUAAAUAAAAAUCGAUAAUUUAUAAAAAUAUUUUAAUACAAAAUAUAUAUUGAAAUAUUUAUUUUUCAAUUAAUUCAAAAUAUUUGUUUAAAUUUUUAUUAAUAUUAUAAUGAUUUAUUCAAUCGUAAUAAUAUUUUUACUUUUUUUAUUUUUAUAUGAUAUUUAUAUUGUAAUUAUUUUAUUCACAUUAUAUAUAUAUCUGUAUAUUUUAAAAGAAGAACAAUGAUGAUCAAACAAUUUGCUCAUGUUAAAAAAUAAUCAUGUUAAAAUAUUUAUAAAACAAAAUAUUUUUUCCUUUUAUAAUAAUGAAUACAAUUUUCAGUACAUAAUAAAUCAAAAUCAUAAUAAAUCAAAACGAAGUAUUAAAAAAAUAGAUUGUAUAAUUAUGAAUAUUAUUAAAGAAAAAGAUAAAUAUAUUUGACCAUCGAACUGGAAGAUCGAAAUAAAUUUUCGUCGCGGGAAGAGGAAGAAAAAACUUGUGCCUUUUAAGAAUGAACUGUAUUAGCUAUUAAUAUUUUAUCAGGUAAAAAUAAAAAUCCCUGAAAUGCAGUUAAAUUAUAGAAAUAAAGAAAAAAAAAGAUAUAUAUGGCGUAUACUCGUUGCUAAACAUAAAAAAUAUACUUCUUCUUUCCUACGAAAAAAAAUAUAACAGAUCGCUUAGUGUCUAUACAGUAUAUCUGCAAUUUUACUACACAUUGCAAAUUCACUUAACAAAAAGAGAACGAAAUAAAAAACGAACACUUUGAUUACCGGUAACGAGUACUUGUUAUUAUUAUAGUAAUGAUCAUAAUGAUAUCAUUGUGAAUUUUAUUUACGAAUAAAUGUUUAAGAUAUAGGA